AUGACCAAACCAGCGGAGUACAGCAACGGCAAGUCACUGUCGGCGCCCACCGGAGAACACGUCCUCGUCACCGGCGGCGCCGGCUACAUCGGCUCCGCUCUGGUUCCCCUUCUUCUCGACCGCGGCUACCGCGUCACCGUCUUUGACCGCUUCGAGUACGGCAUCUUCCCGCUGCUGCCAGUCGCCUCCGACCCCAAUCUUAGCAUCAUCAAGGGCGACAUUCUCGACCGGGGGGCGUUGAAGGCUGCUCUCAGUGGAGGUAUCACCGCAGUGGUCCACCUGGCGGCCAUCGUCGGCUACCCCGCCUGCGACCGUGACCAGGCGUUGGCGGUGGCCGUCAAUGAGACGGGGACGAGGAAUCUGGUCGAGCUGAUGGACAAUGGCAGUCAGAAGUUGGUCUUCGCCUCGACGGGCAGUUGUUAUGGAGCAGUUGCUUCGGGCGUCUGCACCGAGAUGACGCCCAUCAGUCCGCUGACGCUGUACGGCCGCACCAAGGCCGCCGCCGAGGAGAUUGUCCUCUCUCGAAGUUCAUCACCAGCUUCGAAGGGAUCUUCCUCCUCCUCUUCACGGGGCCCGAACGCCGUCGUCCUCCGCCUGGCCACCCUCUUCGGCGUCUCCCACCGGAUGCGCCUCGACCUGCUGGUGAACGAUCUCACGUACCGCUCGCUGACGGAGCGGUCCAUCGACCUCUACGAGGGCGCCUUCCGGCGCACCUUUCUUCACGUCCGCGACGCGGCCGCCGCCUUUGCUUUCGCCCUGGCCAAGUACGAGCAGAUGCGUGGGCAGGUGUUCAACGUCGGCGACGAGUCGAUGAACAUGUCGAAGGAGACGGCGGCGCGGAAGAUCGUCCAGGCGAUGCCGCCCUCCGUCGUCUGUCGCCUGAAUCUGGCCGGGGAAGGGGAGGACCGCGACAAACGCGACUACGAGGUGGACUAUGAGAAGAUCAAGCGGCUGGGCUUCCGCUCCACCAUCUCGCUGGAGGAGGGCAUCGAGGAGCUGGUGAAGACGCUGCCGCAGAUGUCCACCUGGGAGAUUAAGCUUUCGAAGAACAUUUGA